AUGGUUAUAUCAAGAAUAUUUGCAGGGCUGGUGAGCAUUGCCAUCCUAUGCGAAUUUACUACAGCACCUGAGACGAGUGAACUUUAUGCCGGCAUGACUUCAAAUUCGACAUCAGCUAACAUCAUCACAACAGAGGAAUAUAGCGAACUAUUAAACAGCACUGUACCACAAACACUAUACCCAUCUUCUACAUGGGAGGAAGACGUAACGAAACAACCAAAACGGCCAAGCGAGAAAAAGGAAAAAGAAAGAGAAAUUAAUUACGUGGAUUUGGUGUUCGUGCCCCCGAGCUUCGUCAUAGGCUGCAUCGGCAACGGCCUUACUGUCGUCACCAUGGCGACGCUGCCGUUCAGAAGAAUGAAUUGGAGCAUCGUCCUGACUUGUCUCGCCUUCGCUGACACCGUUAUGCUGUGUGUGAUCGCGGUCCGCAAGCCUUUCGUCAACGACCUGAUCGGUUACGACAUCCUCGCACUUACCAACGCCGGCUGCAAGAUCUUCCACUUCACCCGCCGAGCCGCCAAGAUGCUGUCCUCCUGGUUCGUGGUCCUCAUCUGCGUCGAACGCUUCGUGGCCAUCUGCUUCCCGCUGAAGGUGAAGAACAUCUGCACCAGGCGAAAAACCAUCUCGGCGAUCAUCGUCGUUUGCAUCGUCGGUUUUCUCUUCGGCGCCACCUCGUCGGACACCGUCAUCCUGAUUGGCCCCGUGUGCCGACCUGCGGACCCGAGCCCCGCCAAGAAGCUCCAGGGACAGAUCAGUCUUCUGAUCGGCUCCUCGCUGAUGGCCGUCAUACCCAUGUUGAUCCUCAUCACCCUCACGCCGAUCAUCUGCAUCACGCUACUGAGACAGAGACGGGCCAGGACGAAGCUGGCGUCCGCGACGGACCAGAUGGACCCCUUCACCAAGGUGUCAGCCAUGCUGGUGAGUGUGCACUCGUCCUACAUCGUCCUCGUGUUGCCGCACUUCGUGUACACCAACUUCAAGUUCGUCCGCACGUUCAACCCCGCGCUGUACGACAAGGACGUCAUGGGCGUCUUCUCACAGGUGUCCGGGGUGCUCGAGCUGGUCAACCACGCCAUCAACUUCUUCCUCUACGUCGGCUUCAACUCCAUGUUUCGCAAGCGGCUGACGGAGGUGUUUUCUCGCAGCUCGUCCGUCACCGAUGUAAGCGGGUAG